AUGGUUGACCGUAAAGCUGUUAUCAAGAACGCUGAUAUGUCCGAUGACAUGCAACAAGAUGCCAUCGAUUGUGCCACCCAAGCACUUGAAAAGUGAGUUAUAUGCUUUAAUUAUGCAUUAUUACACUUGGUCGAUUUCAUCCACGUUUCAAUUCAUUUCCUUUCCUCUCCUUGAUCUUUCUUUUCUAUAUUUAUUUAUAACACUUUUGCGAAAGUGUAAAGUGGACACAUGUUGGGUGGCAAUAUAAUAAUGGGAAAAUGAUAUGUGCUCCUCGAGAAUUAUAACAUUUUAUAUUAAUUUUCAGGUACAACAUCGAAAAAGAUAUUGCCGCUUACAUCAAGAAGGAAUUCGACAAAAAGUACAACCCAACUUGGCAUUGUAUUGUUGGAAGAAACUUUGGAAGGUUGGUAUUCAAUUUGAAAACCUAAAAAUCUCAUAUUUUUCCAGUUACGUCACACACGAAACCAAACACUUCAUCUACUUCUACCUUGGACAAGUUGCAAUUCUUUUGUUCAAAUCAGGAUAA